AUGGCGAUCCCAAGUGCUCCACCACCCGCUUGUUACCCAUAUAGCCUUCCCUCGGCCUUGCCUCAAGCUAACAACCAUUCCGCUGGUUCCACCGCUGCGCCUGGCGCCACCACCUCCACCAACGUCAUCCACUGCUUUCGAAAGCGCCCACUCCGGGGUAUGACAAAGUCUGUCAAGGGAACUGCCGCUGUCAUAGCAUUUGGGGUCACGGUUACAAGCAUAGCAGUCAUAGCAUGGACGAAGAGAGGUCUUGACAUUGGCAAGAAGAGCUUGGAGCUUGCAGCAUGGACUGCGAAGAAGGACUUUCUCGAGUUCUGCCAAACCCAACUACAGGCAGCCCAACCUCUCUCAGCGGAGUGUAAUUCCACUCUGACCAGUGUACUUCAUGCACCUCCUAUGUGGAAGCGGUUUCUCGGUGUGAUCGUCAUCGCAACUCAGAACCAAACCCUCCGCGACCGGAUAUCUACCGACGGUUUGCUCUCAGUGCAAGACGCCGUGGGAUUAACGAUUAAGAGGGCCCUCAUUGUUUUGUGCACCGUUGCCAGUAUCGCCAUGUUGGCUCGCCGGCGAAGCGCAAAUUCGCAUGACCAACGCCGUUGUCUAACUGUCGAACACGUCUGCGAUCUGCAUGCAAUUGAGACCUCCUCAGCGGCGGUCGAUGAGUCUGCCGUCACAGUAGCAAACCCUACUCGAGCUACUGCUACUGGACGAUCAACAACAAACAACGGGCUUCCCAGGCGACGAGCUUAUCGUCCUCUUCAAGAUAGACAACCCAUCGGCUUUUUGAAAGGAUUCUCACCCGAUUCCCGUACGGGCGAUCAUGAAGUUACGUGCACAGUUGACAUGCUGGCUACAUGCUCACGAAUCAGGCAGUCAGCUCUACGAAAAAUGGGGCGUUGGGAUGGUAGUGAUCAGAAACAUGAAGUCUCCAUAAUAGUCCCACCCUCUGCGGAGUCGGAAGGAAGUUGGAACACUCUGGGCAAGUCAGCCUGGACGCGCGUGGAGCUCUGUGUUGUCGGGGAUGAUGAGUUAGACGUCGACUGUGUGGUAGACCCUCGUUCAGCGAAGCUCCUUAAUCCAGAAAUGAAAGGAGAACUGAUCCGCCAACAGAUUCAAGCCAUCGACGAAAUAUUCCAGGAUCCCUAGCACAGGUUCGAUCCAACGAAAGUGACGCCAUUUGGAGGCAGAUGUCCUGCUGUGUUGACAGAGGGGGAACUUGUCGAGGGCCGUUUGUUGCAUCGAAGCUGGAGUUUGGUGUUUUUGGUCCUUGAAGCUAUCGAUCAUUUCUAAUUCUGAGAGAGCUGGUGGUGGUGCAG